UAGCCUUAGCCUUAAGUUAGAAUGGGUGCAUGGGACUAGGAGACGUGUGCGAAAGUUGAUGUGGCCUCUGUGGGCCUACAGUAGGCGGACGGAAUGAUUUCUCUGUGUGGGCGGAGAGCGCCAACACUCUGAUCAGACCUCUAGAGGUGCCGACGGCGUUCAGGGAGAGCUGAUGUCUUGAUCAAGAGAGUAAUAUCAUGUGUUUUUCUUUGAUUUACUGGAUUACUUGACAUGACAGCGAAGAAACGGCGUUUUAUCUUAUACAAGUAUACACCAAGGAAGACAAGUCUGUCCUUAUUUGGGCCUACUUGUUUGACUUAGCAGGUGGCGCCUGUGAAGAGAAGAGAACAGACGACUGACAGGUCGCAGGUAAGAGGUCUGAGGUUCCUAUCAGGGCCCAAUCCAGACUAAGCAGGGCCUGUGUGUACUUCACAAGGGCACCCACUGUGCUGCCCCUCCACCACUCCCCCCACCCCCCUGUGCCAUGGCGUCGACCCCACGGCCCCCGACUGGCUGCGGCGCCAACAUCCAGUCUCUCUACUUCAACCUGUGUGACCUGGACGCGGCGUGGGGCGUCGUGGUGGAGGCCUUCGCCGCCGCGGGCAUCGUCUGCUCGUUUGUGCUGCUCAUCAUCCAGAUGGCGAGCCUGCCGUUCGUGCAGGACAAGACGCGCAAGAGCAUGACCCUGCUGCAGGCCAGCUUCCUGGUGUUCACGCUGGGCCUGUUCGGCCUGUCCAUCGCCUUCAUCGUGGGCCGGGACUUCACCACGUGCGUGGUGCGCCGCUUCCUGUUCGGCGUGCUGUUCACCGGCUGCCUGGCGUGCCUGCUGAUGCACGGCCUGUGGCUGGUGCUGCUGGAGCGGCAGGAGCGCGGCCCGCGCGGCUACCUCCUCUGGCUGGGCGCGCUGGCCGUGUGGCUGGUGGAGGUGAUCAUCAACACCGAGUGGAUGAUCAUCACGGUGGGCCGCAGCCCCGUGAGCAAGGCGGCCGUGGCCUCCGAGUUCCUCUCGUGCCGCAUCACCAACAAGGACUUCGUCAUGGCGCUCAUCUACGUGAUGGUGCUGCUGGUGGCCGUGGUGCUCAUGGCCGUGCCGUCGCUCACGCACAAGCACCGGAGCCUCCGCCGCGACGCCAUCUACAUCCUGCUCACCGGCGUGCUCUCCAUGAGCAUCUGGAUCACCUGGGUCGUCAUGUACAUCCACGGCAACCGGAUCGUGGGGGACGCCUCCUGGGACGACCCGACCCUGGCCGUGGCCCUGGUGUCCAACGGGUGGGCCUUCCUGGUGCUCUACACCAUCCCCGAGAUCUGCCUGCUCAGCCACGAGAACCAGAGCGCGGAGGAACACGAGCACGAGGACCACCUGUACCCCACCAGGGGGGUGGUGUAUGAGAACAUUCUGAGGGACCAGAAUCAGACUGAGCAGAACAUGUACAUAGAAAACAAGGCCUUCACCAUGGAUGAGCCCAGCACAGCCAAGAAGUUUACUUCUCCAUACAGUGGUUAUAAUGGCCAGCUACGUGGCGGUGUGUACCAACCAACUGAACUAGCGCUGAUCUCCAAAGGCCUUGGCAAUAAGGACUUCUCCCAUGAGCCGGUCUUCCCCAGAGCCACCGCUCCUCCGCCUGGGCAGGGCCGGAGCGGCUCACUGCCCAAAACGCCACAGCCGCUCCCCCUCAUAGGCCUGGCUCACACAAGCAGUGGAAAUGGCUUACAUAAGCAAUGGUGAAUGAAGUGCCGAAGCAUCGUGGAUAUUAGCCUCUCAGUUUGUCCUUUAUGUCAUUUUGUCGCUGUUGGUAACCGAUCUGAACUGUGGUCCCAGAAGGGCUGUGAGAAAGGGCCCUGUACAGAGGAAAUGCCACCCCUGCUGGAAAGAGUGUUUCCAGUGUCCUCAAUCGUCCAGCAUCCCACUACCGGUAGCAGAGGCCCACCACAUCCCCAAACUCCAGCCCUCGCGACACUCCCAACCCAGAGGCCACAUACCGUGUGGGGCUCUCAGGGAAUUACAGGACUAGUGCAUCCGAUGGAUGCACUGCACAGUAGCUUCUAUAUUUGCAAAUAGUUGAAUUGGAUUUGUCACUGAUGAUAAAAAUGAACCACACAAAUCUCAAGAAAAGUGUAGGCUACACUGGACUGCAGCCUAGUUGUAUCGUUUUGUUCUACGUGAUCAGUCACUUUUUCUAAUAAGUAUGCAGCCAUACCCAUUUUCUAUUUGGUUACCAUGUCAUCUGUAGUCAAUAUUGCUCCAUGGUUUAUAUGGACUUAUUGAAGGGGGUCAGGAUGACUGCUCAACACUGAAUGCCAUUAAUUCUGAGCCAAUAUGUUAAUCAAAGAAAUAUUAUCUCAAGCAUAACCAUUUCCAAAAAUGCUGCGGUUUAUAAUUAUUUUGUAAAUAGGGAAGACCAUUUGAGUUAAGCGUUGUAUAGUAUGUUAGUGAUGGUCAAGCUUACAGUGUGCAAGAGUGAGUGCAGGCUUUUAAACCUUUAAUCAAGCAUAUCUGUACUGUAAAGCAAUGUUCUGUCAAGUUUUUAUACCAUAACUAUGAAGACUAUGCUUUAAGCAAAGAUGGAAAAGUCCUGCUUCAGAAAGUAAAAAUCCAACCAUGUAUUGGAUCCACCUGUGCACUUAACACAGGUGAUCUCACUAAAUAGCUGCUCUGGCUGAACAGCUGUGCUAAUUACAGUAGAAUCAGCUGGUUUAAGUGAAUGGUUGGCACAGAUUAUGUGAUAGGACUUUUACUUUCUGAAGCUGGACUUUUCCACCUCUCUUUCCACCUAAAGCCUACCUUACACUGACAGACUUUGACAAGAUUUGGGAAAGAUUCUUGAAAGAUUGUAGUCUUUUAACUAAUGCCCCUCAUUAAAGCUUUACUCAAAAGACUAGUCUUUCAAGAAUCUUUCUUAAAUCUUGUCAAAGUCUGUCAGUGUAAGGUAGGCUUAAGAUACAAACCCUUCAAAUAUGAUAGGUUAGCAACAAGUUUAACCAUGUUACUAUGCUACUUACAAUUUUUAGUAAAAAUGUAUGAUUUUGGAAAAGAAUCUAAGCUUAUUUGUACCAUACUGUGACAUAGUUUAAACUAUCAAUCACCCUGUCACUUUAAGAAAUAAAAU